UGUCGUCACGUAGCAGCAACAUAAAACCCAGCAGACAAGUUCCGAAUCUGCUUCGAACAAGACACAAGUUUUCCCCCGCUCGAGCAGUCCUUCACCGUUUCGCGAGAUUGCACUCUUGAUGGUGGCUCAUCGAUAAGUUUUGAGAUCUCUGAAUUGUGGCAAUUUUGAGGGCAACAGCUGUGUAAACAAAUAACGUGGGCAUAUUUUGCUGCGCCUUUCGAAUAUGGAAAACAUCAAACGUGUGUGAGUUUCUGCGGUGCUGGCGCUACGCGGCUGACGGGGAUUCCCUGGCGUAGAGAGGGUUCAGGUUCUGUGGCUCAUCGCGGAGUGAAGAGCAAAAAAAAGGUGCAAAAGUGCUGUGGAGUGGAAAGCGCUGUCAAAAAGUUGAAUGAGAAGUAAAUAAAUUGCGUUUUGUAUAGUGUUGAAAAGUGCAUUGGUUCGUAGUAGAAAGAUCCACGCCACAAUGUUUGCCAAACUGGAAAACUUCCAUAUGGUAGCCUCGACCGUGGCAGUUCUAACUGUUGCGCUACUUUCGAGGCUGGCCAGCGGGGUGACAGAGAAUACCAGCACAAAUGCGGUGUACACCGUGGGACAAUUUCCCUUCCUGAUGCCAAAAGUUAUACCGUACAAGCCCGAGCUUUACCUCUGCACGCCAGUCAAAGUGGACUACACCAAGAAUUAUUAUAUAGUGGGCUUCGAGCCAAAUGCUACGAUGGCCACCGCGCAUCAUAUGCUGCUGUAUGGCUGUGGGGCACCGGGGUCGGAAUCGGCCGUGUGGAACUGUGGUGAGAUGGCGAAGAGUGACGACGGGAAGGACGAAACGGGAAGCCCGUGUGCCAACGGAUCGCCAUCCCAAAUCAUUUACGCGUGGGCUCGCGAUGCGCCGAAGCUCGAGCUGCCGGACGGAGUGGGCUUCAAGGUGGGAAAGGAUUCCCCCAUUAAAUACAUUGUUCUGCAGGUUCACUAUGCCCACAUCGACAAGUUCAAGGAUGGGACCACGUAUGACGACUCUGGAAUAUUCCUUCACUACACUCUGAAACCUAUGAGCAAACAGGCUGGUGUUCUGUUACUCGGGACGGGUGGCAUGAUUCCUCCGAUGAAAGUCGAACACAUGGAAACGGUGUGUGACAUCCGCGAGAAUAAAACUAUAUAUCCGUUCGCUUACCGAACGCACACGCACAGCCUCGGUCGGGUCGUGUCUGGCUACCGGGUGAGAGUUGAUGAACAAGGCCAGAACCAUUGGACACUGCUGGGCAAACGGGAUCCUCUGACGCCGCAAAUGUUCUACCCGGUGGAGAACCAUGAGCCCAUCCGACAAAAGGACCGGAUGGCUGCACGAUGCACAAUGGAGAGCAAUCGAAGUACCGUCACAAACAUUGGGGCCACAAACAAUGAUGAAAUGUGUAAUUUCUACCUGAUGUACUACGUGGACAACGACGAGCCCCUGCAGAUGAAGUACUGCUUCAGCAACGGGCCACCAUAUUUCUACUGGCGCAACAAGGAAACAGAGCUCAAUAACAUUCCUGACUACGAAGCGAGUCACCUGUAAGAUGGAUUUCAUCCUCCAAACCACAAUUGCACUGCAUUUAGCGUGAGAGAGAGUGGGAGAAAAAUGCGUUGCCUCACAACAAUGAUACCUGUAAAAAGCAGCUAAUCAUACACUUAAGAACCUAUACUCUAUUGCUAUUCUAAAUUACAGACAUAUUCUAAUCCCCUUUCUAACGGGAAGCACACACACACAUAACAGACACACGCAAAACUAAAUCAAUUUUUCGAACCAUAUCAGCUAUCGAAACAAAGGUUUUUAAACAGAACGAGAUCUCUUAGAAGACGAAACAAACAAACUAAAUUAAAUAAGUCUAGUCAUGAUGCAUCACCCUGCUGUCAGCCCUGCAGCAGUUAGAAUAUCCUAAUCAUUGUUUUAUUUUAACUUUGUUAUGAUUAAUUAACUUCUUUCGUCCUCUGUGUAUACAAAUGAAUGUGUGUAUGUGUGAAAACGACGGUACAAGGAAGCAAACGCUGUGAAAUAACAAAAUGGUUGAGCCAAUUUUUCAGAGUUUAUCGUAGGAUUCAGGUUCGGAACUGAAGCAGAGACUGGUUAAUAAGGAUUUGAUCGAAUCCUUUUCAGAAGCCCUAUAUUUUUAUACAUGAUUGUUUGGUUAAGUUUCCGGAUUGUUUCCCCCCCUUGACGGAACGAUUGUAGCAAUCGAGCUACUGUUGACCCACUAUAUACAUUAUGAAUGUGCAAUCCUUCCUCAAAUUCUCUGUAGAUAUUGCCUACAUAUUUUAAAUAGGACAGGUACAAUUAUACAACAACAAUUUUUAGUCACAGAGUGUAAAAUAUUGUAGAAAACGAACCAGCAAGAGCUCAUCAUUAUAUUAUCCAGAAGACAUCAUUCCAGAUGGUAAAAAACGGCGACAACAUUCCAAUAUCUAUCAUCUACCUACCUGUACUGAACAGCCAUAUCGUCUGGGAUAGGCUACCAACGGAGUCGGAGACCACUACCGGUUUCCCAAAUGGAAUAUUUAACCAAAACAAAAAAGAGAGAAUCGCAAAAAAUGCAUAUGAUAGAAUAAAAAGUAGCAAAAAGUAACAUACAAUGUAGCGAAACAUCCUCCCUCUAGUAGUAAAUAGUGGGCCAAAGCCAAGCGAUAGAAGACGCCACUGUAAAUGUGACUCGUUCCUCCUCUAUAAUUGUGAAAAUGGUUGGUUACUGUUCGAAGCAAAAAAAAAACAAACAAACAUAUAUCAUAUAUCAUACAUUUGGAGAAUAAUGAAUGGUAGCGGUGGCGACGAAGAGAAAAAAUUAAGACAAGUCGUCAUACAACCGUGGUUUUCGGUAAGUGGCCGAAGGCGACUUUGCAGCAGCAACGCGGACGUGUAAUAAACCAAUGUAGUAAUGGUAAAUAUUGAAAUCUAUAAACACAAAUAUUGAGGCACAAUAAAAGAUCUAGUAUUCAUAUUCAUAA